CAGCCCUGUGCUCUCUUCCUGCCUAGCCUGGGCCAGUCUUCAGGAGCCCAAUGGCUAACUAUGAAUUUAGCCAGGUGUCUGGGGACAGACCUGGCUGCCGCCUCUCUAGGAAAGCCCAGAUCGGUCUCGGAGUGGGUCUCCUGGUCCUGGUCGCCUCGGUAGUAGUGAUCGUGGUCAUAGUUCUGCGGCCGCGCCCACUCCUGGCGUGGACUGGGAAGCCUACCACGAAGCACUUUUCUGAUAUCUUCCUGGGACGCUGUCUCAUCUAUACUCAGAUCCUCCGGCCGGAGAUGCGAGAUCAGGACUGCCGGGAGCUACUGAGCACAUUCAAAGGAGCAUUCGUUUCCAAGCACCCUUGCAAUAUCACAAGAGAGGACUACGCACCACUUGUUAAAUUGGUCACUCAGACCAUACCAUGUAACAAGACUCUCUUUUGGAGCAAAUCCAAACACCUGGCCCAUCAGUAUACUUGGGUCCAGGGAAAGAUGUUCACCCUGGAGGACACCCUGCUGGGCUACAUUGCUGAUGAUCUCAGGUGGUGUGGAGAUCCUAGUACUUCCGAUAUGAACUAUGUCUCUUGCCCACAUUGGAGUGAAAACUGUCCCAACAACCCUAUUUCUGUGUUCUGGAAAGUGGUUUCCCAAAAGUUUGCAGAAGAUGCCUGUGGUGUGGUCCAAGUGAUGCUCAACGGGUCCCUCAGUGAGCCAUUUUACAAAAACAGCACCUUUGGAAGUGUGGAAGUCUUUAAUUUGGACCCAAAUAAGGUUCAUAAGUUACAGGCCUGGGUGAUGCACAACAUUGAAGAAGCUUCCAGUAACUCAUGUUCAAGCUCCUCCAUAAAUGAGCUGAAGAUGAUUGUGCAGAAAAGGAAUAUCGCAUUUGCCUGCCAGGAUAACUACGGGCCUGCCAGGUUUCUUCAGUGUGUGAAGAACCCUGAGCACCCAUUGUGUAGACUUAAUAUGUGAAGGAUCUGGAUCUUAGAUCACCGGGAGCGUGGACUGAGAUGAAGGGGCUCAGAAGCAACACUAGUGGGAAGCUGAAACUGUCAGGGAGAGGCCUCCACUACAAUGUUAACACCAGAGAUGGAAGAACUUCCCAAAAUAUUAUGACAAAAUUACAUGACCAACUUAAUACUCACUGUGUACUACCAACAUUCAAGAAAAAUUACUCCAUAAACCAGAGUUAAACUUCUAUAUUGUUAUAUUAGUCUAACUGUCUCAAGUGGUGCUUUUAUAUUUAUAUAUUGCUUACAUCCUUUUAUCCCUCUCUUUUAAUGAUCUCUCUCUCUCUCUCUCUCUCUCUCUCUCUCUCUCUCUCUCUCUCUGGCUCUGAGAAUCAAACCUGAGAAUUUUCAUACAUGGUGGAUAAGCCUAUAUACCACUGAGCUAAAUCCUCACCACAGCUGAUAACAUCAUUUUUACUGAAAAGUGACCAAUCAAACUUCCCAUUGGACAAAGAAAGUCAAAUGUCAAGUUUAUCAAAAUGAGUGACCUUAUUUUUUUUAAUUUUUUUUUUCAUUCUUCCCACAGAUAUUCACAUGGAAAACCUGAGGUCAUAGAGUCAUUAUAGGGAAGGUGCUCUGUGGAAACUACCCACGUGCUCUGUGCUUUAAUCUUUAAGCCAACAUGUCCCUGAUAACUUUGAGUGUUAUUUUCCUUUUUUUUUUUUUUAAACAGGAGAAAAUGGAGUUUAGAGGGAUAAUUGAUUGUCCUAAAGUCACAUUCUUAGGAUCAUGGUUACAUCUGGAAUUAAAUCAGUUCUUUCAAGGUCCACAACAUAGGAUAGUUUUUUUUUCUUUUCUGAGCUUUUAUUGCCAAAUUGAUAGUAGCCUGUGUUGUCAUCUAGCAAAUACUAUUGUAUUAAAUUGAAUAUAAUAGAAUCUGAAAUGUGAUCUCUGUGGGAGAUCUCAAAACUAAUUACUUGCACCCUCUUUCUCUUCCACCUCAUUCUUGGUGCCUUUUAUAGCUAGUCAAGUAUUAACAUAUAUUUGUUGCGAAUAUUGGCAAUUUAUGGUUUCUAUUCUUUUUUUUCUUAGAUCAGUCUUGCUCAGAAUCACUAAUUUUGUUAUGUUGUUGAUGUUGUUGCUAUUGUUAUUGUUGUUGUUAUUGUUAUCUUUUUCAAAGCUCCAAUCUUUUGCUUUCUUCAUUUAUUUAUUUAAUUGAGCUUUUGUCUUUAUUUUUAGAAACAUAGAAAUUUCUUCUAGCUAUCUGGGAUAUCUUCAUUCAAUUUUUGGAGGCAAAUGCUUAGACCACUGAUAUUUCAGCCUGUUUUCUACACAUGUAUUUUAGGAUUCUAGGUUUCUCCCUGAGUCCUGCUUUUGCUGUAACACUGAAUUUUUGUAUGCCUUUACUGGUUAGUUACUGUGAUGGUUUGUAUAAGCUUGGCCCAGGGAGUGGCAGGAUUAGAAGGUGUGGCUUUGUUGG